AUGAGAUCGCAAUUCAAAGACGAAAACUCCUUUGACAAAAGAAAGUCCGAAUCAACCAGAAUCUUGCAGAGAUUCAAGGACAGACUUCCAGUGAUCUGCGAGAAGGUGGAGAAUUCGGAUAUUCAGGAGAUUGAUAAGAGGAAGUACUUGGUUCCUGGCGACUUGACGGUGGGCCAAUUUGUUUAUGUGAUUAGAAAGAGAAUCAAGUUGCCCUCCGAGAAGGCCAUCUUCAUCUUCGUUAACGAUAUCUUGCCACCAACUGCUGCAUUGAUGAGCACAAUUUACGAGGAGCACAAGGAUGAUGACGGCUUCUUGUACGUGUUGUACUCGGGAGAGAACACAUUUGGUCAGGUGGAUUUGAGUACUUUGGAUUUCUCGGACUUGUCGGACCUCUGA